AUGACGACGACUAGCCCCGCAACGAGCCUCAAGCGCAUCUUCCCUCGAGCGCCAUCCCGGUCGACGUCCAAGCCCCUCUCGAUCAUCGACAGCGUGUGCUCCGCCUUCUUCUCGUUCGCCGCCGUCAAGCUGUACCCGGCCGUCGUCGACCAGCCCGACCCGUUCAAGCCCGCCCUCGUCGAGGCGUCCCUCGGGCACGUCCUCUCGGCCUAUCCUCACUGGGCCGGCCGCCUUCGACUGGCCAAGCCGGACGACCCAGGCCGCCCGUACCAGAAGCGGUUCGGCCGCAUCUUCGUCGAGUACGGCUCGCCGAGCGACCCGGGCGUCCUCCUCGCGUUCGCCGAGCGCGACACGCCUCUCGCGCCCCUCAUUCCGCCUCUCGUCGAGGGCGAGACGGUCGACGCUGCGUCGCUCGAGCGCGCCGGCGUCUACCCCGAGCUGUCGAGCGUCGUCACCUUGCGCCCGAGCCCGACCGACGGGGCCGCGCUCGCGGUCCAGGUCCUGCGCUUCUCGUGCGGCGGCGUCGCUGUCGGCUUCCGAGUGUCGCACUCGCUCGCCGACGCCGGCACGCUCAACCGGUUCGUCGCCGACUGGGCCGACGUCCACCGGGUGGCGCUCGCUUCGCCCGGCUCGCUCGACGGCGUCCCCCUGCCGCACCGCCCGUUCGAGCCCGAGCUCCUCGACGAGCACGCGAUGGGCGACCUCGACGCCGACGAGCUCGACGAGGCGACCGAGCGCGAGUACGCCAAACUGCCCCGCACGGCCCUCGACCUGUGGGCACCUCGACCUGGAUCCGCGCCUCAUCCCGAGGGCAUGGCCCUCACGUCGGGUCCCGACCCGUCCAUCGACGCUGUCGACGCCGCCCUCGGUCGCCCUCGAGGCUCGCCGCUGCCCUGGUCGACCUGGCACCUCGACGAGCCCGUCUCGCUCCGCUCCCUGUACCUCGCCCCGCCGACCCUCGAGCGCAUCUGGGCCGCCGCAGGAGGCCGAGAAGGUGGCGUGAGCGCACACGACGCGCUCGUCGGGCACUUCUGGCGGCUGAGCGUGCGAGCUCGCGACCUCACCGCCGGGACCGAGGCCCGCAUCACGCCCGCCGUGGGCCUGCGCGCCCGCCUCGACCCGCCGCUCUCGCCCGACGCCCUCGGCUCCAACUUUGUUCUCCUCGCGUCCUCGUCGACGAGCGACAAGGUCGCAGGCGCGGGCGGCGAGGCGGUCGCAGCGCGCGCCAUCCGCUCGACGAUCGACUCGGCGAGCCCGGCGGCGCUCGGCGCCCUCCUGUCGCACGAGGCGCACGCCCUCGACCCAGUGAGGGUGCAGCCGUACUUCUGCGGCGAGGAGCACACCUCGAUGUCGUCGUGGAUCGGCGCCGGCGCCUACGGCGCCGACUUUGGUUCGGGCGCGCCGACGUACGCCGAGGGCGUCCUGCCGAGCGUCGACGGCAUGCUCUUGUUCGAGGACGUGCCGGGCGAGGGGAGGAAGUGGAUAGAGCGUGGAGCGCGGGUCAAGCUCGCGCUGCGGAACGAGGUCAUGGACAAGGUGCUCUCGGAUCCCGAGCUUCUCUCUUUGUAG